UGCGAUAUAAACUCGAAGUAUGAGCCAACGUGAUGUCGACCGCAUCAACCUGGUGCUGCACUACGAGAAGAUGUAUAUGGCUGCACCAACGCGCCAGCUUCCUGUGACCAUCCUCACGGGAUUUCUCGGCAGUGGUAAGACGACCUUGCUCAAGCACAUUCUGAAGAAUCGCUUGAACCUGCGUGUUUGCUGCUGCGUGAGUGACGUUGCUGCACUCAACGUGGACGAGCAGCUCGUCACGGACUCGAAGACCCGUACCGCAGAAGGCGGAUUUCUCAUGGAGAACGGGUGCAUGUGCUGUCCGGUGCGUCUUGACCUCGACGACACGAGCGAGUUCAAGGACGUUGUGUGGCAAGUGCUGUUCCAGGACGAUGGUCUGGUCAUGGACUAUUUGGUGGUCGAAACCAGUGGCACGACGGAUCCACUGGCCCUCAUCCAAGCAAUCCAAGCCCGAUUUGGCAAAAUGACUCGGGCGCGAUUGGACUCUGUCGUGACAGUUGUCGAUGCAGAAGCGCUCUUGGACAACGAAUUGUGCGCCGUGGCGAGGAACCAACUGCAAUGCGCGGAUGUCGUGCUGUUGAACAAGAUGGACUUGCUCGCGGACGAUCCAGAGCGACAGGCGGCGGCCCGCGCGAUUGUCCAGCAGAUCGCACCGGCGGGGGUCCACGUGCACGAGACGUCCUAUUGCGACGUGUACUUGCCUCGCAUUUUGGACAUUUCGCCGCCGGAUGGAAUUUACAAUGCCGUGAGCCACGAGAGCGUUCAGGCGCAUUGGAAUACGUCCGAAGUGUCGUCGCUGCGCCGUACGACUGCCACACCUGACCAGUACACGGUCGCCCGCGACACAUGGGCCACGGACGUGUUUGAAUCGAAAACUCCCAUAUCGCUCGCCGCGCUCCACUCGUACAUCGGGAAUCGCUUGCCGCCGACACUGUUGCGCGCUAAAGGCAUUUUGUACUUGAAAGAAGACCCGACACAACGUUAUGUCUUUCAGCUCAGUGGCAAGCGCCGCAUCCAAGUGGUCAACACGGGGGCGUGGCCGUGCGCGCCGUCGACGCAGCUGGCCGUGAUCGGAACCGAUUUUGACUUUGCGACCGUGCAGAGCGACCUCCAGUCCCUUGCGGAGGACCAUGCUGCCCUCUCUGAUGCGGAAGGGUGUGCGAAACUAGUUCGCGCCGACGACCGCUUCGAGCUUGUUCACGUGUCGCCGACUCAUAUUCAAUUCCGUGUGCGAUGCCCUGUGACGACGCUUGACGAGACCAUGCUCCGCCACCACCACCAUAUCGACAUGGACGAUCUCAACGACCAGUUGGCAGUCGCCGUCAACCUGGCAGGACAAGGCGGGCUCGUGGUGCCGCUUCCCCGACCCGAUGUCGCGCUGUUAGCGUCCGUGGCGGGACCUCAAACGCUGCGCACAAUGUGGCCAUUGGUCGACCUCCAUGCGGCAAAGUUGCUCCAUGUCGUUCGCCGCAAGCUGGCCGAGUGCAUGUGUGGGUUUUAGGUUCAAGCGCUGCAGGAGUUCAGGUAUGCGCUCAAGUUCCAUAGAGAUGGACCAACGGAGAGCUCAGAUUUAGCUGAGCCAACAGACUGAUGUGUGAAACACUCGAGAGUAUUGUUAGGACUGUGACGAGAAUACAAACGCUUUUAGCGGUCA